AUGGCUACAGUGUCAAUACAAGUAUCUAUUCUUGACUGGGGGUCGCCAAACAUCGCCGAAUCGUUCAAACUAUUUCGGCAACGUAUGGAGCUUUACUUCACCGUCAAGGCAACAAAACACGAAUACAAGGUGCCACUAAUUCUCCUCGCAGCCGGCGGAGAAGGCCUACGCCGAUACAACAGUUGGUCCAUGACAGACGACGACCGCAAGGACCCACAAAAAAUAUUCUCUGCCUUCAUGGAGCAGCUCGAACCGGCAAACAACCACCGCCUUGAUAUCCGGGUUGAUACUGUCCGUUUCUCCACUGAUCGCAUUGGACAACUGAGAAACUGUACAACAGCGGAUCCUUUGCUUAACCAGCUGAGAGAGACCAUCAUCACUGGAUGGCCAGAGACAAUCAAGCAGCUGCCCACUGACAUCAGAGUAUUCUGGGGUCUAAGAGACCAGCUCUCGAUUGAUGAUGGUCUUAUCCUCAAAGGACAACAAAUCGUCAUUCCCCAGACACUUCAAGAUGACAUCCUAAAACAGCUUCAUACCGAUCACUUAGGACAAGAGAAAAUAAAACUCCUCGCCAAGGACACUGUCUACUGGGUAAACAUAAAUAGAGACAUCGAGAAGUUCACAAAGUCAUGCAGCAUCUGCCAACAGCAUCAGCCAUCCCAAAUGCAAGAGCCCCUUAUGCAACAUGACAUCCCAACAAAGCCAUGGGACAUAGUUGGCACAGACCUGUUUGAUCUCCAUGGAAGUCAAUGGCUGAUCAUAGCCGACUAUUACUCCAAGUACCCUGUAGUCAAACACCUACCUGCUCACUCACCAAGCAGUGUUAUAGUAAACAUCACACACCAAGUCUUUGCAGAGUUUGGGAUACCAUCAAAGGUAGUCAAUGGACCACACUUUUCAAGUCACCUCUACCGUGAAUUCGCCAAAGAAUGGGGUUUCCACCAUGAGACCACUUCACCUCGGAGACCACAGGGAAAUGGUUUCAUAGAACGGCAGAUAAGAACUGUCAAGAACAUCCCCAAAAAAGCCAAGCAGUCGGGAACAACGCCUGAAAUUGUGCUGCUGCACUGGCGCUGUACUCCAAUUUCAAACGUCAUACCAAACCCUGCACAACUACUCAUGGGUAGACGAAUCCAAUCUCCACUGAUUACCAAAAUCAGAAACGAUCACCAAGAUCAGGAUCAGAUAUAUAGUGCGAUUCAACAACGUCAACAAAACCAAAAGAGGUACUUUGACCGACAUGCACUCAAGGAGGAACUACCACCCCUGUACUGUGGCCAAAGGGUAAGGGUACAAAACCCUAUGUCUGGAAGCUGGAACCCAGCGACUGUAGUAUCCCAGGCAGAUGGUCACCGCUCAUAUCUCCUGGAGAAUGUCAAUGGGUAUGUGCUGCGAAGAAACCGGCAACACAUAAGGAGUAUCACAUUGGCGCCUGACCCACAACCGUCGUAA